CAAUUUUGGUUGUGUCAAAUAUAUAUUACCCUUUGAAAAGUUAUCUAUAGUAAACGGGUCAGAAGGAAGCCGGAUUCCAAUAAAUGUUGAUUUGUUAUGCUAGAAGUUUCUUUUAAUUUAAAGUACUUCCUCGAGGUUGCCCAAGAAACGAGAGCAGCGAUGUCUGCAGCACCGACUUAUUCCUCUUCUAGUUUGCCCGAAUCAGACUCCCACCGCUAUCUCCUCAAGGAGGUGAGAAGUCACGAGGUUUCCAUAGCCGAGCUCAGUAAUCUUCCUGCUUCUCGGGCUGUCUACCAGAGAAAUGGCAAUCUAUUCUUCCGUACAACUUUUCAGAAAGCAAUAGCAUCGGAACAAAGUAAAAUAUUCUCUAACAAGUGGACAUGGUCAAAUCUAAGCUACAAAAAUUAAGCUCCUAGUGAGUCAUCAAGAUCCAUUCAGUUUGAGAGGAGGGCGGGGAAGAGGUAAAACUAACUCUUUGCUUGUGGAGAGCGUGAAUUUGACUUUGCUGUUAAUAAGCAGUUUUGGAGAUCAUAUACCUGUUGAAGUUGGUGCUACCAUAGUUUUUUUUUGGCUUUAAAAUCUUGUGGAAGAUGUUUUGAAAGCUUGGUAGUAUUACCAUAUUGUUACAAUUAUAUUGAUCAUCUAUCAUUUCAAUUUGCUACUGAGAUUACGGACUUGUGUAAUUUUAUCAAGUUAUUUAAUCAACUAUUACAUCUA